CUAUGUCGUAAUCCGUAAUGAAAUGUUUUGUAUAAAUAGUGCGCAUUUUAGUUUUCAAAUUCACUUUCUAUUUUCCUUUGGAAAUAUAUCGAAAUGGCCAAGUUCGCUUUCUUCGUCCUGUGCGCUCAGGCUCUGCUCAUCCAGAGCAUCUACAGCCAGUGUGUGCAGCAGCCCAUCAACAGCUGCGGUGGACUGCCAUACGGUGGACUCAGCGGACUUAACGGACUUAGCGGAGUGUCCUGCGGUGGACUCAACGGACUUGGCGGAAUCUACAAUGGACUUGGCCUUGGUGGUCUGAACAAUGGUAUCAUUGGAAACGGCGCAUACGGAGCCUCAAGCUACGGCGGAUACGGAGGCUCGGGCGUCGGUGAGAUCGCCGCUCUUGGCCAACUGGGAGUCGGAGGACAGACCUACAUCAACGGAAACCUGCCGACCAGUGGUGCUGUCUCCUUCAGCGCUGAGCUCCCUGCCGCUGGCCUCGUCACCAUCGUGGGCAACAACCCCGGCAUCUGCAGCUGCGCCUGCCCCGGACUUGGUUACUACUAACUUGGUACAUUUUGAUAUGACCGACAAUAAAAUCUUUUGACUUAA